ACCGGGUCCUCGCCGCCGCCCAGACCCCCAUUCUCUCCAACGGCCUCGACUGGGCGGGAAAAUCCAGACCCCGGUGGGAAUUCCCACCUCGCGCGCGCCUGAAGACCCCGCUCCUCCGGAACCUCGUCCACCUGAGUCCCGCCAUGUAUUCCAUGGUCCAGCCCUCCAGGAGGUCGCCCCAGACCCAGGGGGGCCUGCCGAGUUCCCCUUUCCGCCACGUGGCCCUCCUGGUUCUACACCGCCUGUCCCGGGCCCUGCUCUUCCCCUCCUACUGGGCCCUGGACCGGUUCCUGGUCUGGGGCAGGCCCAACUCCUGGGCUAUUGGGCUUCACCUGCUGACCGCCCUGGUGGGCGCCGCCAUCGCCCUCCUCCUCCUCCUGGCCACCCUGCCCCUGGCCUUGCUCGGCCUACUGCUCUGGCUGCCCCUGCAGUCCUGCCGCCGCCCCUUCUGCUACGCCCCCCCUCCUCCCGACGGCUGGGACCCCCCCGCCCCGUGGCGGCCGUCAACCGACCCUCCCCGCCGCUUCGGCUUCCUCAGCUCCAACCUGUGCCUGAUGCCCGACGGGCUGGCGCGCUUCAGCAACCUCCCCCACAGCCAGCGGCGGGCCCGGCAGGCGGGCCGGGUGUUUGAGAAGUGGAGCCGGGAAGGAGGCGGGGGCUCUGCCUACGGAACCACGGGCAGUAGCCCCCGCCCGGAGCCGGGGGACCUGGGGGAGGUGCUGGCCACCCUGCCCGAGGAGCUGGAUUUCGUGUGCCUGCAGGAAAUGUUCGACUUGCGGGCGGAGGACCGGUUGGUGCGGCAGCUGGGGCCGGCCCUGGGCCACGUUCUCUAUGACGUGGGCGCUGCCGGCCUCCAGUCUGGCCUCCAGCUCAAACUUCUGGGCAGCGGGCUCCUGCUGGCCUCCCGCUACCCGCUACUGGCUGCCCACUUCCUCCCCUUCUCCAACGGCUGCCGUGAGGAUGCCCUGGCCUCGAAAGGACUGCUCUCUGCCCAGGUUCAGCUGGGCAUGAUGGAUGAGCGGCGGAUAGUGGGUUACUUGCACUGCACGCACCUUCACGCCCCUGAGGGGGACGGACAUGUGCGUGCUAAGCAGUUGUCCCUGCUCCUGGAGUGGGCUGAGAAGUUUGAGGCAGAGAACAGCAAGGCGGGAGAUGCCGUGGCCUUCAGCGUACUCAUGGGCGACCUCAAUUUUGACAACUGUUCCUCAGACAAUGCCCUUGAGCAGAAGCACGAGGUGUUCAGUUGCUUCACGGACCCCUGCCGCCUAGGCCCCUGCUCCGAACAGCCCUGGGCCCUGGGCACCCUGCUGAAUACCACCCAACUCCACCACCCUGUGGCUUCUCGCCCAGAGGCGCUGAAGAGUGCUUUGGCGGAGGAGGAUGGACGACGUACUUUCCUGGCUCAUCUCCCCACCAACAGCAUCCCCCUGACACGCUGGCAGGGCCGGAGGAUUGACUACAUCCUGUACCAGCAGGGCCGUCCCUCCCAGGGCCAGCUGGCACCGGUUCUCACUGCCACCGUGUCGCGUGUGACCUUCAGCACGGCGCUGGCUGGCCUCACCGACCACCUGGCUGUGGGGCUGCAGCUGCAGGUGGCCCCGGUGGCCCCGAGCCCCGUGAAGACCAGCUAGAGCAGGAAGCGGGCCAACCUGGAGCCCGGGCGUGAAGGAAUCUCGUGGUAACCCGGGCAGCCUUGGCUCUUCUCCCCGGGGCGGUGGGACCCAGGAUUUAAGCAGGCCAGGGGAGGGGUUUCGACCCUUUAUUACUGCCUGGCAGGAGGCAGGGCAGAGGGCAAAGACCCCCCCACCCCCAACACACCCCACCGCCCCCAUCUCAGUCUCCCCAGCCAAGGGACGCGCCGUGCGCUAGUCGGCGGAGCCUGAGCUUGGGGUGGGCACCGCCGGCUCCUCUUCACACAGACUCCUGAGCCCGCCGGUACUCAAAGACGCUGCCGCGCUCGGGGAAGCGGCUGGGCUCGGAGGGCUGGGCAGGGACCGCCGUGACCUCUGCCGGGUCCCCAUAGCCCCCUCCACCCGGGGUCUGCAAACAGAAGACGUCCUGGAGAGGGGAGCCAAGAGGAGGGUCUCUGACCCGGUGUCCAAGAGGGGUGCGGGCAGUCUUGCUGUUCCACGCCCUCCUCGGCCCUCCCUUCCUCCUACCCGGAAUAAACCGUCCCUGACCCAGGCGGACGGAUGUUUCCAGCCCAUUUACGUAGAUCCGAAUGUACGAUGCUCUCCUGACCUCGAGGGGUGUAAUAAAAUGAUCUUGCUCUGUAA